GCAGCAUCCAUGAGCAGCACCAUGGAUCCGGAGCAGGAUAAAAGAAGACGUAUACUAUACGUAUACUAUUCCACGGAGAACUGCAUGUGCUGUACGCAGUAUGUACGUACACUACCUCGAGGACCGCAUCGAGUACUCCGUACACUCCGUCCAGUGCACGUGAUGACGAAGCCACGCCUCAAGGCAGGUCAGACAGACUACUCUUCACUCAUGCAAGGGAUCUAUUACUCAGCCAUUGUAUAUGGAAACAAGUGGAGAACUCCCUGCUCAGAGCAACUUCAGUGA